GGCUCACAGACGGCCUCAGUCACUCUGGCGUCGCCUCUGUCACUAUCCUCUCUGGGCGCUUAGAAGCGGGAACAGUUUUCAUUCGAUCGCGAACAGAACAUCAUCCGAACGGCGAGAAAGUUCUGCAACUUCCGAAAGUCGCAUCAACUUCGUGUGUGAUAACGGAAAGCAAUUAUUUUUGAGUUAGGUGCAACACCUGCUCUAAUGAUUCACUCAAAGAAUUGAUUGUAUUGGAAAUGGGAACAGCGAAUUUAUAUUCGAACCUUCCGUGAGGAAACGUGUUUCAGAAAAUUCAAAAAAUAUACUGUGGAAAGUGAAAAAACUCAAUCUUAGAUCCAGUCCACCUUGCUGAACAUUUUCCGAAAGAUACUCCUGAGUCAUGGAAAGCAUAUCCCUCAACGGUUCGCUUGAAGAAGAAUCCUUGAACAUCAGCCAAGUUUACAGAGACUGCGGAAACAAUCAGAAUGUAACGCCAGGUUACUGUCCAGAAGUUUUCGAUACACUUCUAUACCUUUACUUGCACUCUGAGAUAUGCUGGCCCGAAACAGCUCCAGGAACCAAAGCCAGCCACAGUUGCCCAAGAAUCAACCAACUGGGGUUUGACUCUUCCAAAUUGGCCUACAAGGAGUGUUUGGAAAAUGGCACAUGGUUCCAAAUAGAAGGCAAACAAUGGGCAAACUACAGCGGAUGCGUCAAUAUAGAGGAAUAUGAGUUUUACGCCAUGAUCAACAAGCUACACGUCAUCGGAUACUCGAUUUCAUUAGUAGCUUUGAGUGUGUCGUUAGCCAUAUUUGUGAGAUUCAGGUCGUUGAGAUGCACCAGGAUCCGAAUUCAUACGCAGCUGUUCAUUUCGUUUAUCCUGAAUAACAUAACCUGGAUAUUGUGGUAUAAACUGGUUAUUCCGCAUCCAGAAGUGACGCAAACCAACCCGAUUUGGUGCCAAGUGAUUCACGUCAUGGCAGAAUACUUCAUGGUGGCAAAUUACAUGUGGAUGUUGUGCGAAGGACUUCAUCUCCAUUUGGCUCUCAUCGUGGUUUUUGUUAGAGAGGAAAGAACCAUGAAGUGGUUCUUCGCUAUUGGAUGGGGAAUUCCCGUUUACAUUGUUGCACAACAUAGUGCCGUCAGGCUGUUCGUUACAGAAGACACCUUCAUGUGUUGGUUACAUGAGUCUUCCUUCAGUACUUGGUUUCUUGGUGUUCCAGUGCUGAUUACUCUGUUGCUGUGUACAGUAUUCCUCAUCUACGUUCUGUGGGUAAUACUGACCAUCAUGCAUCCAAACUCUCCGAAUCCGGCUCCCCUGGGGAUCAGAAGAGCAGUUAGAGCUGCUCUCAUACUGAUACCGCUUUUCGGGCUACAUUUUCUGCUGUUACCGAUGAUACCGAGUCCAACAGAUAAAGCUUUGUUCAGAUUCUAUCUCUGGCUCGGAGUCAUCAGUGUCCCCUAUCAGGGCCUCUGCUGCGCUUGCCUGUUCUGCUUCGCGAACCAGGACGUGAUCCAGACGUUGAAGGGCUUCAUCCACCGCAAGAUGCACCGCCGCCACGCCAACCGCUGGAGCAACUACCGCUACACGGGGGCAGUCGAUAGUGCUGGGGUGUACGUCGUUAAUGGUCACAGUAGCCACAGGAAGUCGACGGACAUGACGAGGCUCUAAAAGGUUGACUUAUGACUUUAACGUAAAUAAAGGAAACGAGCGCUUGGGUGGGCCACGGUCAACAUCGUCUUUGGGGGGAUGUUUGUCGGGGGCGGCGAAAGCGAGGCCGGGAACGACAUAUUUGAAUACGGGUUCGUCGUGUGUAGCUUUUUAAUUGCGUGAGGUGGAACGUGAAAGAGAUCAGGGUCAGUCACUAAAAGCUUUCAGGCGAGUUUUCUCAAGGUCAGCGACGCUGAAAGGACUCUCCUAGAAUUGUUGAACUUUUGAUGUGAACUUUAUCCAAUUCAUUUAAAAUACAGGGUGUAUCAUCGACGCCUAGCUAAAUGAUAGCUGCUUUCCUGUUUGAUAUACAAAAUAAAAAAAAUUGUACAGAGUGGCCCAAACUGGACACUCUCAAAGGGAAACUCCUCUUUUCAAACUAGAUAGAUGAAAACUGAUAACUGUGUCUGAGGGUUAAAUUUCAUGAAAAACUUAAUAGUGAGAACCACAAAUCGUUAUCUAUCAUCGUUUUUGAGUUACAGUAUGUUUUUCGAAAAUGUACAUUUUCGAAAAGUUGUUUUUUGUUUCUAUGAAAACUUUUUGAAAUAUUAUUUUAGGUAUGAUUCAGUGGUGUAAAAAACUUAUUAUAUACACCCUGUAUAUUCCUGUAUAUUUCAAUAGAGCUCAAAAUUAACUUUCCAAAUAUGUAACACAUUUGAUGUUUUGCUAGAGUCAUCUUUGAAAUACAGAGCCUUUAGGUUUUUUCAUGUAGACUUUGAAAUGCCCAAGUAGGCUUUGGAGCAUGCGGCGAUAAAACAGAAUAUAAAUCUUUACUGAUAGCUGUAAAAUUUUGGUUUGAGCAGUAAAGACGCAGUAAAAACAGAAUGUAAAUCUCUACUGAUAGCUGUCAAAUUUUUGUUUGAGCAGUAAAGACGCAGCAAAAACAGAAUGUGAAUAUCUACUGAUAGCUGUCAAAUUUUGGUUUGGGCACUAAAGACGCAGUUAAAAACAGGAUGUGAAUAUUUACUGAUAGCUGUCAAAUUUUGGUUUGUGCAGUAAAGACGCAGUAAAAACAGAAUGUAUAUCUCUACUGAUAGCUGUCAAAUUUUUGUUUGAGCAGUAAAGACGCAGUAAAAACAGAAUGUAAAUCUCUACUGAUAGCUGUCAAAUUUUGGUUUGGGCAGUAAAGACGCAGUAAAAAUAGAAUGUAAAUCUCUACUGAUAGCUGUAAAAUUUUGGUUUGAGCAGUAAAGACGCAGUAAAAACAGAAUGUAAAUAUCUACUGAGAGCUGUAAAAGUAAAAAUAGAAUUUAAAUCUCUAUUGAUAGCUGUAAAAUUUUAGUUCGACCAGUAAAGAUGCAGUAAAAACAGGAUGUGAAUAUCUACUGAUAGCUGUCAAAUUUUGGUUUGGGCAGUAAAGACGCAGUAAAAAUAGAAUAUAAAUAUCUGCUAAUUGCUGUGAGUACUAAAGACGCAGUAAAAACAGAAUGUAUAUAUCUACUGAUAGCUGUCAAAUUUUGGUUUGAGUACUAAAGACGCAGUAAAAACAGAAUGUAUAUAUGUACUGAUAGCUGUCAAAUUUUGGUUUGUGCAGUAAAGACGCAGUAAAAACAGAAUGUAUAUAUCUACUGAUAGCUGUCAAAUUUUGGUUUGAGUACUAAAGACGCAGUAAAAACAGAAUGUAUAUAUGUACUGAUAGCUGUCAAAUUUUGGUUUGAGCAGUGAAGACGCAGUAAAAACAGAAUGUAUAUAUCUACUGAUAGCUGUCAAAUUUUGGUUUGAGUACUAAAGACGCAGUAAAAACAGAAUGUAAAUCUCGACUGAUAGCUGUCAAAUUUUGGUUUGAACAGUAAAGACGCAGUAAAAACAGAAUGUAUAUCUCUACUGAUAGCUGUCAAAUUUUGGUUUGAGUACUAAAGACGCAGUAAAAACUGAAUGUAAAUCUCUACUGACAGCUGUCAAAUUUUGGUUUGAGCAGUAAAGACGCUCUUCAGUUAGUGGUUUUUAUUCAAUUUUCAAACAGAUUCGCAAUGAAAUAUGAGAAUUAUGAAAAAUGGAAUAUAAUAAUCUGUUUUAUACCGGGCAAAAUGCAAAUGCAGCAAACAAUCUGUAUCACGAGAGGUAUCCGGAGAGAAGAAAACUUUUUAGAUAUUUUCGCGACACUGCAACACAACAAAAUUAUAUGAAUCAAAUAGGAAUAAGGAGUUGGAAGAAAUAGUGGUUUUAGGAGCUUUUGAAAAUAAUUCCAAAACGUCAACGCGGAAUUUGAAAAUAUCAACAGGCCUGCCAAGAACUAACGAUAGGAGGAUUCUGAAAAAACUCAUUCUGAAUUCAACUCAUAGAGGACCAGAAGAGUUCAUCAACUCAGACUGAGAGAUUUUGAAUGCCCCACGGCUUUUUGUCAGUGGUUCCUGGAAAGUUGUAAGCAAGUGCGUGACUUUUCUUUAAAUUGUAUUUGAAUAGACGAAGCUUAUGUGUGCAGUGCCGGCAUUUUCCACCGCUACAAUUCUUAUACUUGAGCACAACAAAAUCCUCAUUCCAUUGUGGAGCAGAGAAGUCAAGGAAGAUUUGGUUUCAGUAUAAGGGCAGGUGUUGUUACUAUUUUUUGGCUGCGAAUUGAGGUAAUAAUUGAAUAGCCAACCAAGGACCAACCGUUGGCCGCUAAGGUCACCGGACCUAACUGCUAUGGACUUCCACCUCUAGGGUUGAAAGAUCUUAUUUUUGAGUUUUUGACCAAUUUCAAAUACGAAUUGGAAGCGGCAGUGGCACUCCUAUUGAACUUAUUAAUUCGACAAAAAACGUCCAGAAAAGGUAUCGCCUGUAUGUAGAAGAAGCUAGUAUACAUUUCUAACACCUUCUCUGAAGAAAUAUAUUUGAUUGUUUGUUCUUUAUCAUUAUUAUUAUUGUUGCUGACG